AAAUUAUUUAAUUAUUCACAAUAUGUCAAGACGUUCCACUAAUAGAAAAGCUUCAAUACAGCUUGAUAACGAUGAGUUUGACGAGUACAAGCGCAAUGUUGGUCCUUUUUCAAGUGACCGUCGCUUGUACAGUCCGCAUAAAGAUCCGAUUGCUUACAUUUCAAAAUCAACCGCCGAAAUGCAGACAAAGAAAAGCUUAACUGAAACCGAUUUCGUUCCUCGCGCAAGUGGAAAACUAUAUGAUCCUUAUAGUGAUCAAAUGAUUAACAGCUGGCCAGAAACUAGUUAUGGACAAAUGCAGCGAGCUAUAGAAAAUUCUGAAGUGAAAUCUCGUGAUUCCAAACAUUUACGUACAAAAAGUGCCAAUGGGUUACUUAUGACCAUUGGAACUGCGAAAGAUAAAGAAAUAGCAAGUAAAGAAACUACUCGUCAAGAUUCUAAUAUGAGAGCUUUAAAGUCACUUACAAAAGAAUUGGUUCAAUUGGAAAAAACUGUUUCUGAUGCUUCAAGCCGAUUUACCAAAUACAUUAACGAUGACAACAGCGAUUCCGUCAUCAAUAUUCAUGAUGAAAGCUUUUGGCAGAAAAAAAUUACAUUGCACUUAUCAUUGGUUAAUAAAUAUUUUAAAUAUAUUCAUCUUAACUGCUCGUCAUCUGUCAAAAAUGACAUUGAGUCGAAAUGUUGGAAACUUGGAUUUUAUUCUUUGAUUGAGCAAUUCCGCAGUGCGGUUAAUCUUGAUCGACGUCGAUCUAAAAAUAGAAUAUCUUCAUCAUUUGUUAUUUCGAAUCAAUUUAGUAUAUUUCUGGAUGAAGCAGAGAUCUUUUACAAACGGUUGUUAAAACAGGUUGCUGAUGGUACAAAAUCGAUCGAUAAAUCGAUCGAGAAAAACAAACCUCCGAAGUGGAUUCGUUGUGUUUGCUGUUUGGGAGAUGUUACUCGGUAUCGUUGGACAUAUGGUCUAGAAGAUAAAGAAAGAACCAAAGAAUACUGGGCUGAGAAUGCUUCACGAUGGUAUCGUUUGGGAAUUCAUCUCAAUUCGAAUAAUGGAAAAUUCUACCAUCAUUUGGCCAUCCUGGCAAGUCAAGACGAACUUAAAGCACUUUAUUAUUAUUGUAGAAGUCUCAUGGUCAAUACUCCUUUCAUGAACACUCGCGAAUCUCUCGUUGCGUUGUUUGGACUGGACAACAUGAGACAAAAACCAAAAGGAAACCGUGGUUAUUUGCAGAGAGACAACUCAAAGCUCAAGAAUUAUUUGGAUAACCAACCUGUUGAAAACUUAUUUGUUCGACUUCAUGGAAUGCUUUUCACAAAAAUUGGUCUUGAGCACUUUGAUGAAACUUUUCAAAGUUUUUUGGACAAACUAUUAAAAACGAAUACUUUCCAACGCACAAGUAAUUCCAAUCGUCACUGGAUGGAAUUUUAUUUAUUCCUAGCAGUUAUUAAUUUAUCAGGUUUAUAUAAUUACGGUAAUGAAAACUUUAUUAUCGGCAAAGCACAAGCAUCAAAAAACAAGGAUGAUAUACAGUCUUUAGAUGCUGAUCCGAUUUUCGCUCAAGAAUCUAGACUCACUUUUAUCAUUAUGAAUCAUUUCAUGUUGAAAUAUCUCGAGUCCGAAGCAUAUCAACCUAGACAUGAAGUUUCCGAAGGAUGGCUUUUAUAUUGUGAAAUUAUAAUGCUUUGGAUGGUAGCAAGCGGUAUAUUUGAUGGUUUUGCUAAUGGCAGCAAUAAUAGUACUUGGGAAAAAAUAAUGAGAAAGUCAGACUUUCCAGGAUCUUGGGAAGUUUUUGCACGUUUCUUGACAAAUAUUACACAUCAAAUACCUUCUACGACGAAGGAGAAAAUAUUGGAUUCCGUAAAUAAUGACAUUGAACAAGAGUCGAUUGUCCAAAUUCAACCUCCAGCAUUAGCCGAAGAUUGGGAAUUACGCGGAAUUUCAUUAUUGCAGUCAAUAUAUGAACAACAUAAUUUAUUUGAACGUGCAAAUAAACCUAAUAUUAAUUUUGCUGAUUCCGAAGUGGAGGACAUCAUAAAUGUCUUUUAUAAUGAUGAACAUAAUUUUAUUUUGGAUCAGGAUGAAAAGACUCGUAGAAGAGUUAGAAUAAUGGAAUUGGGAUACAUAUUAACUAAGAAAAUUACCGGAUUGGAUUUUGAUGUUAAGAGAGAUUCAUUCACUGUAUCUUCCGAUUUAAAUGCAAAUGCGGAAUCUGAUGAAAUUAAGGAAAUAGAACAGCAGACUGCUGAACUGUCUAUUGAAGAAGAUGAUGAUGAUGCAAUUUUAUCCACAGAACCUUCUUUCGGAGAAGUCGAUGGAGAAUAUAGUGAAGAUAACAAUGAAGGCAUUAUGGAAUUGAAAUCUCGUCGCCAAGAAUUAGAAGCUCUUUUAGCCGCAAGUCGAAAUAAUAUGCACAGUUCUAAAUCAAAAUCUUCAGCAAAAAAACUCAAAAAGGUUAAACGAACAGCCUCAGGGAAAAAUUUCCUCAAUAGAAUUGUUCCUGGAUAUACUUCAAUUAUCGUUGAUACUAAUUGCCUUAUCGGAGACCUUGAAAUAGUAAAAAAAGUCAUUCAAAGUGAAAAAUGGGUUGUUAUUGUGCCUUCGAUUGUCGUUACUGAAUUAGACGGAUUGAAAUAUAACCCUCCACCUCUUGGGCAUGCUGCACAUGAGGCACUUGAAUAUCUCAAUGAAACAUUGUCGACUAAAAAAAUUAGAAUACAAACGAGCAAGGGCAACUACUUAACUGAUAUUAGUUUUAGCGAAGAAUUUGACUUUGGUAAUGGGGAAGACAAGAAGAAAAAUUUGGACGAUCUUAUUUUGGGCAUUUGUUUAUGGCACUCGAAACAUAAUGAAAAAAAUGGUCUUCGUGACAAAUCUAACGAGAAUAAUGAAGUAACUGUGUUGCUUACAAAUGAUCGAAAUCUAAGGGUAAAAGCUCGUGCCAGAGGAGUCAAUGUAGUAGGCGUGAAAGAUUUAACUGGAAUCGUUUGAUAAGAAGGGUUACAUAUUUCAUCAUUUUUAUUGUUAUUUAAUGUGGAUUAGGGAAUAUAGCACGAAAUUUUUUAAGUUCGUUAUUCCACAAGGGAAAUCUUUGAUUAUAAGAUUGGGUUCAGCGUCAAAGAGUUGAUGGCAUUAAUAUUUGUGUAUUUGCUUCAACUUAACCCAUCUAGUUCAAAGGCUUCGAAUUAUCCACAUAAAAAAAAUAAUAUUACCAAAUUUUUUGAAAUUUUGGUGCCAGUAUUUCAAAUAUGAUAAUGAAACCGCCAAUAUAACCUGUAGUUUAUGCAGUUUAUGCGAAUGCAUAAUAUUUUUUGAUUAUAAUAUUUAUUAUAGAACUGAAACUGUAUAAGAAAUUUUUUUUAUCUUGAUCAUAAUAAACAAAAU